AUGGAGAGGAUAUGUGACUGUGAUUGCGACUGUCCCAUCUACCACAACCAGCCACGCGCGUGGCUGUCGCGCGCGGCGGCGUGGACGGCCGGCGGCGAGAAGCGCGGCAUGACGCCGAUCCCUGCCGACGAGCGCACUGACAAGCGCUUCGCCAGCAUCUUCUUCGUGUGGUUCACCAUGAGCACCAACCUGCUGCCCAUCAUCACGGGCAUGGUCGGCACGCUGGUGUUUGGCAUCGGCCUGCGCGACUGCUCGCUGCUGAUCCUCUUCUUCAGCCUCAUGUGUGCGUUGCCGGCGGGGUAUUUCAGCACCUUUGGGUCGCGCACAGGGCUGCGGCAGAUGUUGCAUGCUCGGUAUACGUUUGGGUACUACCUCAUCUCCAUCAUCGUCGUGCUCAACCUGUGCACCAUCGCCGGGUUCGGCGUCAUCGACUGCGUGCUGGGCGGCUCGACGCUGGCAGCCGCGUCGGCCGGCAAGCUCGACGCGACGGCAGGGAUUGUCGUCAUCGCCCUUGUGUCCAUGGUCGUGUGCUUCGGCGGGAUCCGCGUCAUCCACGCCUACGAGCGCUACUCGUGGGUCUUUGCCCUGCUCGCCAUCACUAUCGCUACCGGCGUCGGCGGCAAGCACCUCGCCAGCCAGGCCGAGACGGCCCCCGCCGAGGCGGCUACGCUGGUGGGCUUUGGGGGUGUUGUUGCCGGGUUUUUGAUUCCGUGGGCUGCCAUGGCCGCCGACUUCAGCGUGUACUGCGACGCAUCCGCCUCGACACUCCGCAUCUUCGCGUACACGUACGCCGGACUCUUCUUCCCAACCGUGCCGCUGAUGGUGCUCGGGGCUGCCAUCGGCGGCGCGACGCCCAACAUGCCCGAGUGGGCGGCAGGGUACGCCGAGCACAGCGUGGGCGGCGUGCUGCAGGCGAUGCUGCUGCCGGCGGGCGGGUUCGGGCGGUUCGUGGCCGUGCUGCUGUCGCUGACCGUCAUCGGCAACCUGACGACGGCCAUGUACUCCAUCUCGCUGAGCUUCCAGCUGGUGCUGCCGGUGCUCGUCAAGAUCCCGCGCGUCGUCUUCGUCAUGGUGUACACGGCCGUCGCCAUCCCCGUGGCCAUCGAGGCCGCCAAGUCUUUCUUCGCAGCGCUCGAGAACUUUAUCUAUCUGAUCGCCUACUGGUCCGCCGCGUUUGUGGCUGUCGUUUCGGCCGAGCACUUCGUCUUCCGCCGCGGCGACUGCGCCGCCUACGACGUGGCGCACUGGGACCAGCCGUCCAAGCUGCCCACGGGGCUGGCUGCCAUCGGCGCCAUGGGCCUGUCGUUUGGCCUCGCCGUGCCGUGCAUGUCGCAGGUGUGGUAUACGGGGCCGUUGGCCAAGGAGACGGGCGACAUUGGCUUCGAGGUUGCCCUGGUGCUGGCGGCCAUCCUGUACCUCCCCCUCCGGUGGAUCGAGCUCAAGUAUCGUCCCUUCUAG